UUUUGUAUCGAUAAACGCAAAACUGGCCACUCUAAUCACUACCAAAACAAAAGCCAAUUUUUAUACAUUCGUCUUGUCUUGUUUUUAAACACAAAUUAUAAUUAUUAAAUUUGCACAACUUGAAACAAGAUGAAUCCCCUGGACAAGAUACAUGCUCUGGAUGAGAUUGAGAAGGAGAUAAUCCUGUGCAUGCAGAGUGCAGGCCAAGCACUGCAGGAAUUGGGCAAGGAGAAGUCGUCUCAGAAAAAUGCCGAAACCCAGUCGCAGCAGUUCCUCAAGAGCUUGUCCAGCGUGGAAUCAAAGCUGUCCGAGCAGAUCAACUAUUUGACCCAAGUGUCCACGGGUCAGCCGCACGAGGGAUCCGGCUAUGCGUCUGCCAAGGUACUCCAAAUGGCCUGGCAUCGCAUCCAGCAUGCUCGAUCCCGAGUCCGUGAGCUGGAGGAGACUAAGGCAAAGCAUUCGCAUGCUGCCCGCCAACAACAAAAGCGUCAACAGGAGCAUGCUGCCGCCGCCCAGCAGCAGCAGCAACAACAGCAGCAGCAGCAACAGCAGGCGGCGCAGCAGCAGCAACAACAACAGCAAGCCGGGGCUGGUGGCGGCGGGGGACCCGCUGGCGGUGGAGAUCAUCCCAUGGGCAGCAGUGAUUCCUCCAUGUCCACCAAUUAAGUUUAAGAAACGAAUACAUAUGUAAGUUUGUACUAAAAUAAAGCCAACAAGAAAUCUA